AUAGUUUCUUUGCCACCUCCAUGCAAGUCAGCUAGUAUUGUGGAAUACCUGUUUGUAUCCCUUUUAGAUUUGUCUUAUACUCUGUGAUCCUUAUUACACAUUUUCUUGACACACCACGCUCCACGCGCGCGCGCUAAAAAAGCCUGAGGUUGUCCCACACAUGCCAGGAGGGGGACGUCGAUGGUUUGGAAAAAGUUAAGAUUAGGAGAAGACAGAACCCCACUCCUCGACUCCUCGAUACCUGCUACUGCUUACGUUGGAAAAAAAGUGUAUUUAUCCAGUCCAGGACCUGGUACAAGUAUAAAUAUAUACGGGCUCCUAAAAACCUAAUCCAUAGCCUGAAAUCUCAAAUAAAUCCUGAAAGCCAUGUCUUUCACCAAGACUUAUUUUCUCUGCCCGACAUCUGACUUCAUCCAUCCACCUCCAACGGGCUCGCUAUGUCUCGGCUCUAUAAUUCGUUCGACGUCAACGCCGCAGUUCCCCCUCAACCGAGCAAAUGUCGUUCCCGUAACCAUCGCAAAUCCACCGGUGGUGGAGACCGAUUGGAAGAAGACCGUUUCGACCGAGGUGGGAAUGGGGCUAGGUGUUUACGCGCAGUUUCUGCAGCUGGCUACAGGAGGUUUAGGCCUGGGCCCUGAAGUGGAUGUUAAGCACUCCAGCCGAAUAGCGAAUACAUUCGCGUUUGACGCAGUGACGACUGUGUCCUUUGAGCCGACACCGCAGUAUGUUGAUGAAGCCAUUAAAGCACCUGCUGUGCAGGCGUACUUGAGAGAGCCCAAGCAGCGAUUUGCCCCUGUUGUCUCGCUCUUUCUCGUGACGGGCAUGAAGCUCGUCAAGGGCGCGAGAAUCAAGUACUCGACUUCGCGAAGUACGGCAGUCACGGGAAACAUUGGCAUCGACGUGGCCCCGCUCGGCAUGACAUUCGGUCCAACGGGCCACUGGACCAGAACGAAUGAUGAUGAGACGGAAUUCAAUCGGGAUUCUGAAUUCGUUUUUGCGUUUCGCGUUAAGAGGCUUAGGUUUGGGCGGAAAUUCAAGACUGAAGAGCACAGUAAGGGUGCUUUCAUGGCGAUUGGAAAAGAUGAAAACGACGACACAGAGCCUAUUUUAGUGGACGAUGUUGAUGGUUCUGACAUUGAAAAUGCGAGACUUGUUCCUGAUGUGGCCGAAAACGGCAAUGUUUACUGUAUCCCCGCUUAACUAAGACAUUCAAUCUUUUAAUUCGUUUGAGAAUACCAAAGAAUUUUAUAAAGCCAGGAA